AUCAUUGUGAGAUCCGGACACACCGUGGCCCCGCAUCCCUGGACAAUCCUGGUCCCUCUCUCUUAGCCCCACGAUCCGAUCCAGGGCCCCGGGGAAUUUGAGGGAAGAACGUGGCGUCAUUUCCGUGGCGCAUGCGCGUCGCUAGGACCGUGCUGGACGGUUCUUUCAGAAUCGUGAUUUGGUUUUAUAUCACCUGCAUAUGUCGUGAAAUCUGUUGUUUUUGUGGCAGCAGUAGCAAGCAAUAUAUUUACAAACGAAUUACAGAGAUGAAGAAGUAUCUCAUCCCAGCUGGGAAAGUGCCUUGUGUCUGAAAUGAAGUUUUCUCUUUGAAAUCCAAUGGAACCGGGGUGCAGAGAACACACCAGUAUUUGUUGAUUUGUCCUGUCUGCGGGAAAUGAUUCACUCUGUCAUCCAAGCUUAUGAUAUGACAGAAAACUCACAGCAGUGAGGGGCUAUUCACUUGCUCUGUCUAUUGCAAGAGGUUCACUUAGUCAAUCUGCAGAGUUUCCAGUGUGUUCACAGGGGACAAAAACUGUUCCUUGUGUGGGAAGAGAUUCACUUGAUCCUCUGAUCUGCUGACGCAUGUGCAAGCCUCACUGUGGAGAGACUGUUCAUCUGUUCAGACUUUGGAAGUGAUUCACUCAGUCAUCCCAUCCACACAUACACCAGUGGGUACGUACGAGAGUGGCUGUUCACCAGCUCAGUCUGUGGGAUUCACUCAGUCAUCUCAUCUGAAGGUACAUCAUCGAGUUCACACUGGGGAAAUGCUGUUCACCUGCUCAGAUUGUGGGAAAGCAUUCAAUCGAUCAUCUGACCUACUGGCACACCAAUCAGUCCACACUGGGGAUUGGACAUUCACAUGCUCAGACUGUGGGAAGGGAUUCACUCGGUUAUCUCAAUUGAAGGUACAUCAGCGAGUUCACACUGGGGAGAGGCCAUUCACUUGCUCAGAUUGUGGGAAGGGGUUCACUCAGUUAUCUAACCUACUGGCACACCAUCAAGUUCACAAUGGGAUGAAACCAUUCACGUGCUCAGACUGUGGAAAGGGAUUCACUCAGUUAUCUAACCUACUGGCACACCAGCGAGUUCACACUGGGGAGAAACCAUUCACCUGCUCACAUUGUGGGAAGGGAUUCAGUCGCUCAUUUCACUUGGAGGUGCAUCAGCGAGUUCACACUGGGGAGAGGCCGUUCACCUGCUCAGACUGUGGGAAGGGAUUUAGUCACUCAUCUGACUUGAAGCAACAUCAGCGAGUUCACACUGGAGAAAGGCCGUUCACCUGCUCUGAAUGUGGGAAGGGAUUUUCUUGGUCAUGCAAUCUUGUGGCGCACUAUCAAGUGCACACUGGGGAGAAGCCAUUUACCUGCUCUGAAUGUGGGAAGGGUUUUAAUCGAUCAUCUCAAUUGAAGGUUCAUCAGCGAAUUCACACUGGGGAGAAACCAUUCACCUGUUCCGACUGUGGGAAGGGAUUCACUCAGUUAUCUAACUUACGGGCACAUCAACGAGUUCACACCGGGGAGAAACCAUUCACAUGCCCAGACUGUGGGAAGGCAUUUAGUCGAUCAUCUGACCUGAAGCAACAUUUGCGAGUUCACACUGGGGAGAGGCCGUUCACCUGUUCUGAAUGUGGAAAGGGAUUCACUCAGUUAUCUAACCUACUAGCACACCAGCGAGUUCACACUGGGGAGAAACCAUUCACCUGCUCAGAUUGUGGGAAGGGAUUCAGUCACUCAUCUCACCUGAAGGAACAUCAGCGAGUUCACACUGGAGAGAGACCAUUCAUCUGCUAUGACUGUGGGAAGGGAUUCACUCAGUUAUCUAAUUUGCUGGUGCACCAGCGAGUUCACACUGGGGAGAAACCAUUCACCUGUUCACAUUGUGGGAAGGCAUUUACUCGAUCAUCUGACCUGAAGCAACAUCUGCGAGUACACACUGGGGAGAGACCGUUUAUUUGUUCAGACUGUGGGAAGGGAUUCGGUCGACCAGCUAACUUGAAGCAACAUCUGCGGGUUCACACUGGAGAGAGGCCAUUCACCUGCUCUGAAUGUGGGAAGGGAUUUUCUCAGUCAUGCAACCUUGUGGCGCACUAUCAAGUUCACACUGUGGAGAGGCCGUUCACCUGCUCUGAAUGUGGGAAGGGGUUCAAUCAUUCAUCCAACCUUCGGAAGCACUACGGACUCCACACUGGGGAGAAAAUUUAAAUCUGCAUGCUGGUUCACAGUUACCAAAUCCAGAGGCAAGUUGACAAGUGACUGACUGUUGGUGUCAAACUCUCUAAUUAUUGCUGCUGUGCACCACACCCAGUUCUGCACCCUGGUCACUGGGACUGGGAAGAGUUUCUUCUGCUGAUACUCACAUUUAAUAGGACUGGAGUUUAAUAUUCUGGAUCUGUGACAAAUAAAUCAGUUUUAUUUUAAA